AUGCAGACGACAAACGACAUGCCCGUGUUCCGGUCCCUCGGCUGGCUGGACAGGUACCUCGCCGCGUGGGUUCUGCUCGCCAUGGCCGCGGGCCUGCUGCUGGGCAACUUUGUCCCCGGUGCCCAGGACGCCCUCAACCAGGGGCGUUUCGCGGGCGUGUCGGUGCCGAUAGCCGUGGGCCUCCUCGUCAUGAUGUACCCUCUUCUGUGCAACGUGCGCUACGAAGCGCUGCCCGACAUGUUUCGACACGGCGCGCUCUGGAAGCAGCUCGCCUUUAGCGUCCUGCUCAACUGGAUCGUCGCGCCUUUUGUCAUGCUCGGCCUCGCUUGGGCCUUUCUCCCCGACGAGCCCCGUCUCCGCUCCGGGCUUGUCCUCGUCGGCCUCGGCCGCUGCAUCGCCAUGGUGCUCGUGUGGAACGACGUGGCGGGCGGGGACCCCGAGUACUGCGCGAUCCUGGUCGCCGUCAACUCCCUGCUGCAGAUGGUGCUGUUUGCGCCGCUGGCCGUGCUCUUCAUCAGCGUCAUCGGCCGCCAGCCCGGCCAGGACGGCAUCCGAGACCUGUCGUACUCGCUCGUGGCGGCCAGCGUGGGCAUAUUCCUCGGCGUGCCUCUCGGCGCGGCCAUCCUGACCAGGCUGCUUGCUCGAGCCGUCGCGGGCCCCGAGCGGUGCCAGGGCGUCCUGGCGAGAUUCGCGUCGCCCCUGUCGCUUGCUGGCCUCUUGUACACCAUCGCCGUGCUGUUCGCCGCGCAGGGGAAGCACGUCACCCGGCAGGUCGUCUCCGUCCUGCGUGUCGCCGCCCCGCUGGUGGUGUACUUUGUCGUCGUCUUCUCCGCCACCCUCUGGGUCGCCAGGCGAGCCGGCUGCGGCUACCGGCUGGCCUGCACGCAGAGCUUCACGGCGGCCAGCAACAACUUUGAGCUGGCCAUAGCGGUGGCUGUCGCCACCUUUGGCGCGGACAGUCAGCAGGCCCUGGCGGCCACCGUCGGCCCCUUGAUCGAGGUUCCUGUUCUGGUGGGCUUGGUGUACCUGGUGAGAUGGAUCGGGCGGCGAUGGAACUGGAGGGACUAG